AUGUCAGAACCACCAACAAAGAAAGCUAGAAGAACCAAACGAACAGAACCAUUGAUUAUAAACUUCUUUGAAGCUUUAACACCUGUUUUACAUGCACCAGGUCAAUGGAGAAACCCAAUAGAUCAAUCAAGAAACUAUACCAAACCUGAAUACUGGAUAAAGAUUGCUCAAUUAGCAGAACGUGGUAAAUUACAUGGUCUUUUCUUUGGUGAUAGUUUAGCUGUUUACGGUGGUUAUAAAUCACAAGGUCUUGGUGGUCCAUAUAAUUAUGAAGAAGCUGCUAAAAGUGGUAACAAUUUUCCAAAAAAUGAUCCAACAGCUUAUAUAUCAGCUCUUGCAAUUAGCACCAAGAACAUCUCCUUUGGAAUCACUUGUUCCACAUUGAGUGAACAUCCUUAUCAUUUUGCCAGAAGAUAUUCAACAUUAGAUCACAUCACUGGUGGUAGAAUGGGUUGGAAUGUUGUUACUUCUUUCUUACCAUCAGCAGGAAGACAAUUAGCACCAGAUGGUAAAUUGGCUCAAAAGGAACUUAGAUAUGAAAAGGCUGAUGAAUACUUGCAAGUUUUUUAUGAAUUAUUGUUAUCAUCGUGGAGAGAUGAUGGUGUUGUCUUUGAUAGGGAACGUGGUGUCUUCUCAGACCCAGAAGCGAUUAGAGAAAUCAAUUUUGACGGUACUCAUUAUAGAGUUCCUGGUCCCCAAAUCUCUGAACCAUCACCUCAAAGAAUCCCUGUUAUCAUCCAAGCUGGUGCUUCACCAAAAGGGUUGUUAUUAGGUGCUAAACAUGCUGAAUUGAUUUAUGUUGGUGCUAGACAACCAGAAGUUGUUAAAGAGAAAAUCGACGCUACAAAAAAAUUAGCCAAAGAAAAAUUUGGUAGAGAUCCAAGCCAUAUCAAAUUCGUAACAAGAGCUUCCGUUGUUUUAGGCAAAACUCAUGAAGAAGCCAUUGGUAAAUAUGAAGAGAUAAAAAAAUACAAUGACCCAGAAGGCAUUUAUGUUCAGAUGGGUGGUGGAGGUUUAGAUAUUUCUAAAUUUUCUGAUGAUGAAGAUUUGACUACAGUUGAUGACCCACAAGCAAAGUCCACUGCUUUAAGUUUUCAUUCAAUUUUUCCAGGAGAAACCAUUACUAAAAAAUUUAUUGCUGAGCAUUAUCAUGAUCAUAAUACCUUAUUUGUUGAUACAGCAGAAGAAGUUGCGGAUCAAAUUGAAGAUUUUGUUGAGAAAUCAGGAAUUGAUGGAUUCAAUUUCACUAAUCUUGUUCUACCACAAACUUUUGAAGAUAUUGUGGAUUUAUUAAUUCCAGAAUUACAAGAAAGAGGUUUAGCCCAAAAAGAAUAUGCUGUCGAUGGUGGUACAUACAGAGAACAAAUAUAUAGAGAAAAAGGACAUACAUUUGUUCCAGAAGAUCAUUAUGCUUAUCCAUUAAGAUGGAAAGCUGGUGUUUCUAAAGAAGAAUUUGAAGAACAUGUUGCGAAACUAAAAGAAGCCCAAAAGAAGUAUGCUAUCAAGGCCGAUGAGUAA